AUGCAUCACUCAAUCAUCGCUACCGUCCUUACAACCUUCACAGUCUCAACAUCUGCCACCCCUUACCUCCAGGGACGCACUAGCGGCCCGUUCAACGGCGUUGCGACCUUUAACGACUACGUAGAUCAAGUCAAUAACCGGAAUCAAGUAACUGUGUGUGGUAGUUACAACGACGAGCCCAACUACGAUGGUACUAGCCUUACAGUCUUCGCUGCCGCCGCUGGGGACCUCAGUCCGAACAUCUCCCCAGGAAGAUGUAAUUACACUCCGUCAGACAGCAGCCAAGACAGGAGUGUCUGUACCGAACCCGACUCCACCGGCCCCGACCAACAACCUAAUAGCGAAACCUACGAUGGCCCUAGUUGCCCAGCCUCUUGCGGCAACUGCUACAAUGUCACCAACAACGACAGCCUCAAAACAGUCACUAUCUAUAUCGUCGACGCAUGCCCGGCUCUCAGCGCCUACAAUUACUGUAAAAGUAAUACUGCGCCAUCGGGCAAGUGCAGCGGUCCAUCGAAUGCACUAGACAUCAGCGUUAAUGCAUACCCUUAUCUUGUGAACGAUGGGGCAGGGGAUGGCAAGACUGGCUCUACUACGAACUUGGAAAAUCUUUCCAUUCUUGCUUUGGAUUAUUGCACCCAGAAAGCAUAG